AUGACCACCAUGGAUCUCCGCGUCGGUAACAAGUACCGUAUCGGCCGCAAGAUCGGUUCCGGCUCCUUCGGCGAUAUUUACCUCGGCACCAACAUCAUCUCCGGCGAGGAGAUUGCCAUCAAGCUCGAGUCGGUCAAGGCCAAGCACCCCCAGCUUGAGUAUGAGGCCCGCGUCUACAAGUCCCUCGCCGGCGGCGUCGGCAUCCCCUUUGUCCGCUGGUUCGGCACCGAGUGUGACUACAACGCCAUGGUCCUCGACCUCCUCGGCCCCAGCCUGGAGGACCUCUUCAACUUCUGCAACCGCAAGUUCUCGCUCAAGACGGUGCUUCUCCUCGCGGACCAGCUCAUCUCCCGCAUCGAGUACAUCCACGCCAAGUCGUUCAUCCACCGCGACAUCAAGCCCGACAACUUCCUCAUGGGCAUCGGCAAGCGCGGCAAUCAGGUCAACGUCAUCGACUUUGGUCUCGCCAAGAAGUACCGCGACCCCAAGACGCACUUCCACAUUCCCUACCGCGAGAACAAGAACUUGACUGGUACGGCCCGUUAUGCCUCCAUCAACACGCACCUCGGCGUCGAGCAGUCCCGCCGCGACGACAUGGAGUCCCUGGGCUACGUCAUGCUCUACUUCUGCCGCGGCUCGCUCCCCUGGCAGGGCCUGAAGGCCGCCACCAAGAAGCAAAAGUACGACCGCAUCAUGGAGAAGAAGAUGACGACCCCCACCGAGGUCCUUUGCCGUGGCUUCCCCAACGAGUUCGCCAUCUACCUCAACUACACCCGGUCGCUCCGCUUCGACGACAAGCCGGACUACAGCUACCUGCGAAAGAUUUUCCGCGAUCUCUUCGUCCGCGAGGGAUUCCAGUACGACUACGUCUUCGACUGGACCGUCUACAAGUACCAGAAGAACGCCCAGGCCAUCGCCCAGGCCGCCGGCGCCGCCAACCCCGACGAGGACGACAAGGCCCGCGCCUCGCGCACCAACGCCGCCACGGCCGGCCAGAGCGGUGCCGCCAAGCCCAACGCGAUCCCCAGCUCUCGCCGCAAGAUGCUCGAACGUGGAUCUGGCGCUGGCGUUGACACUCCGGAUACCAACCGCGCCAUUGGCGGUAGCGACAGGAUGUGA